AUGAAAGGCCUCCCGUCACUGCUGAACAGCAGCAGCACCAAAAAAUGGACACAAUCCACCCCAUCCACAGACGAGGGUGAGAAUGGGAGUGGUAGUACUAUAUCACCCACCAAGCCGCCCGAGCCAUCCACAACCCCAGGAGGCUCAAACACCUCCAUGAUCUGGACGCGGAAGAAGAUAAUAUGGCUCAUCACCUUGAUAGCUCUAAGCGUAGCCAUAAUCGUGGUGGUGAUAACCGUCCCAGUAGUUCUCCUGCUGGACGAUAAACACAACGACGAUCCCAGCUACUACAACAGCGCCAACCGUCCAGUCCGCGUCGUGCAUGAUUUCCCCGACCCGGGUCUAAUCCAGGUGAACAGCACGUGGUAUGCAUACGCUACAGUCGCCACACCGGACAACCCUGACGUCCCUCACGUCCCGGUAUCGACAUCGCGGAACUUUAGCAGCUGGACCUGGUUGCAAGGAUACGAUGUCAUGCCUGCAAUUAGCAGUUGGGAAACGAAUAUGAACCAGUACGCUCCGGACGUGAUUCAACGCAAAGACGGCCACUUCGUCCUCUACUACUCAGGCGAGCUAAAAGACUGGCUCCGCCACCACUGCGUCGGCGCCGCUGUCUCCAACGGCACAAGUCCCCUAGGACCGUACAUCCCCCACAACACCACCCUCGCCUGUCCUCGCGACCACGGCGGUGCCAUCGACCCCGCCCCCUUCAGAGACGUCAACGGGACCCUUUACGUCGUGUACAAAGUCGACGGCAACAGCAUCGGCCACGGCGGAGGCUGCAACAACGGCAAGAAACCCAUCGUUUCCACGCCCAUCAUGCUCCAACAACUCAAAGACGAUGGAGUCACCCCCGUCGGUGACCCCGUUAAAAUUCUAACCAACGAAAAAGUCGAUGGGCCGUUAGUCGAGGCUCCGGACAUUAUUCGAACUGAUCGCGGCAUCUAUUAUCUGUUCUUCUCUUCGCAUUGCUUUACAUCAUCGAAGUAUAGUGUUAAGUAUGCAUGGUCGACAUCGUUAAAGGGGCCGUAUACCAGGGCUGAGAGGCCCUUGUUUCGGUCUGGGGACUUUGGGCUAAAGUCUCCUGGCGGUGCGACGGCUUCGGUUGAUGGGUCUAGGAUUGUUUUUCAUGCCUUUUGUGGGGAUUAUAGGUGCAUGUAUGCCGCGGCGAUGAAUAUUACGGCUAAUUAUACGAUUUUGCCGGCGGCGCUUUGA